CGCAUCAGCGCUGCCGCUGCGCCCGAAACAAACCAUCCGUGUGUCCACAGACCGCUGCCAGCGUUUCUCCACGGGCCGGUUGGAUUAAACUGUGGCGUGUGCUGCCGCUGAGGGAGCUGGGAGCCUCUGCAGCAGGAAGGUCAGGAGCGGAGGAUUGAGUCAGCGGAGGCGGGGAGGCUCAGGGACCCCGUCCGAGCACCGGGACCCCGCCCGGCCGCAGCCUCCACCGCUGCACUGGAGCUCCAGCUCGGUCUCGGCUAACAUCCAGGGCUCCUGAAGUUCAGAUUGUUUCUGAUUCAGAGUCUCCCAGCAACGGAUAUGAUCCCUCACCGGCCUCUCACCACUCAACACGUGCAAUAGUGUUUGUAGAGAUGCCGCAGAGGGAGACGAGGAAAGACCCGUCUGGUAAAGAGUGAAUAAAAAUAAAAAAAACACAAGAAGGAGAGAAACAAAUCCAACAGAGGACAAAAAAAAAGAAAAGAGGAGGAGGAGAAAAAGGAGGGUGUGCACGAUGUGAAGAGCUCCAUGAAAGUGGAGUUGAGGAUAAACAGAAAAAGGAAGAAAAAUACACACAAGAGAAAGACGGGACUGAAAGUGAAAGAGGGGAAGCCACACGGGACGCUGGGAGCUUUGGAGACGUAGGAAGGGAAAGCGAGGGACUGGUCGAGGGAGGGACGAAACAUCUGGAUGGUCUCCACAGAGACGGCCAGCAGGUUACCCCCCCUCCGAAGAUGGCCUCCAACUUCAAUGACAUCGUCAAGCAGGGCUACGUACGCAUGCGCAGCCGCAAGCUGGGGAUCUAUCGGCGUUGCUGGCUGGUGUUCAAGAAGUCAUCCAGCAAAGGACCUCGACGUCUGGAGAAAUACCCUGAUGAGAAGUCUGCCUACAUCAGAGCCUUUCCUAAGGUGACAGAGAUUAGCAACGUCAAGAAUGUCACACGGUUGCCUCGAGACACCAAGCGACAGGCGGUGGCCAUUGUGUUUACAGACGACACCUCACGCACCUUCACCUGCGAAUCAGAGCUGGAGGCGGAGGACUGGUUUAAGACGCUGUCCAUCGAGUGUCUCGGCACGCGGCUCAAUGACAUCAGCAUGGGAGAGCCUGACCUGCUGGCUGCUGGAGUGCAGUGUGAACACACAGAGCGUUUCAACGUGUUCCUCCUCCCCUGUCCCAACCUGGACAUCUACGGCGAGUGCAUGAUGCAGAUCACCCACGAGAACAUCUACCUGUGGGACAUCCACAACCCCCGCACCAAGCUGGUCACCUGGCCGCUCUGCUCGCUGCGGCGCUACGGACGGGACGCUACCCGCUUCACCUUCGAAGCCGGGCGGAUGUGUGACAGCGGCGAGGGCCUCUACACCUUCCAGACCAGAGAGGGGGAGCAGAUCUACCAGAGGGUUCACUCCUCCACGCUGGCCAUCGCAGAGCAGCACAAGAAGGUUCUGCUGGAGAUGGAGAAAAACAGCAGGGUGAGAGCUGCGCUGACGUCCAGAUACACACAAAUGUGCUCACAGUGUGUUUAA